AAUGCUAUAGUUUCGUGUGUGUACUGUAAGUCCAGAAGAAAGUGCCAUCCAUGUGAGAAGAGUUUACAAAUUAAACAGGGAUCAAGUUAACAGCGCGGAGCUGCAGCAUUACUUAAUGUACCAUGAGUCUGUCAGGCACUUCAGACAAAACCAGCGAUUCACCCGAUGUGUUUCAGAUUCAGAUCGGAUUCAUCGGAGCAGGAAACAUGGCGUUUGGCGUCGCGCAGGGAAUCAUCGCCACAGGAAAGGUUCCACCAGGUAAUAUAAUUAUUAGUGCACCAUCCAUGAACAACCUUCCUCGCUUUAAGGAGAAAGGUGUUUCAGUCACUCACUCCAAUCACGAGGUUGUCCAAGCCUCUCAUUUGAUCUUUCUGGCUGUCAAACCACACAUCAUUCCACAAGUCCUAAAUGAAAUCUCCCAGAACGUCACCAAAGAACACAUCAUCGUUUCCAUGGCUGCCGGAAUCACUAUAGCAACACUCGAGGAGCUGUUGCCUGCAGGGACGCGUGUGAUCCGGAUAAUGCCGAAUCUUCCUUGUAUGCUCCUGGAGGGUGCGCUGCUCCUGUCCUGCGGUUCGCAUGCGGGACAGCAGGAGGAGACGCUCCUGAAGACGCUCCUCGGCCCCUGUGGAUUAGUGGAGUUUGGACCAGAAUCCUGGAUCGACGCCCAUGUGGGCCUGAGUGGCAGUGGCGUCGCAUUCGUGUAUGUGUUCGCGGAGGCGCUGGCGGAUGGUGCUGUUAAGAUGGGGAUGCCCAGUGCUCUGGCUCGACGCAUUGCAGCACAGACAAUACUGGGUGCUGGAGUGUUACUGCGGGACUCCGGGAAGCUGCCGGCGGAGCUGAAGGCUGAGGUUUGCACUCCUGGAGGGACCACCAUUCACGGCAUCCACGCGCUGGAGAAAGGAGGAUUCAGAGCGGCUGCGAUUGGAGCCGUGGAGGCGGCUUCAGAAAGAGCUCGAGAACUCGGAAACAAGCAGAAGAAGAACUGAAUCAUCCUACAGGAGAGAUAAAGCUGCAAUUAAAACAGGGGUGUCCUAACUCCGGUAUCCUGUAUAGUUUAGCUCCAACUUCUUUCAACACACCUGCCUGGAAGUUUCUAGUUUACCUAGUGAGAUCUUGUGUAGCUGCUUCAGGUGUGUUUAAUUGGGGUUGUUGGAGGUAAAAUAUGCAGGACACCGGCCCCUUAGGACCGAGCUUGGAUAGUUCACCCUGAAAUAAAAACCACCACAUUAUUUACUCACCCUCAAGUCAUAUUCAGUAGAAAUGACUUUUUUUGAGUCAAACAAACACAAUCGGAAUGGUUUUACAUCUUUAUUCUGGCUAUAUGGUUCUUCUUUACCCUGGCUCAUAUUUACCACAAAUUUAUCCACUAAAUAGUAACUUUUCAAAAUAAAAGUCACGAUCAGCACCAAUAUACUGCAUGCAUAAUGGUGUUGAUAGUGACUUUUAUUUUGAAAAGAGCAUAUUUAGUGCAUAAGUUUGUGGUCAAACUAACCCAUACGCCACCAGGGGGUUAAUGCAUGUCUGAUUAAGCUGAUUCAUGUGUUAUUAUAUAAUAAAUAUUUCUAAUUUUUUAAUCAUUAAAUUAUAAACUAAAUACCGAAGCCCUUGAAUCUUCUUUUUCUUCUUUCUUUAUUUAGUUUUAUUAUUUUAUUGUGGUUUAAAUUACUGCCACCAACUAGAAUAGAGUAGCGAUUUGCAAAUAUGCUUUAUUAUUUAUAAUAAGAAAUUUAAAUCGCAUCAAGAUUUCUAAUAAGAUAUAUGACAAGGUUAUUAAAU